AUGGAUCAGGUAAGACUACGUGAGAGGAGUUCUUAUGGAAUGAUUGGCAAUGAGAAAUUAGUAUGUCAAUAUAUUGAAAGCUCCAAAACAAGGGGUGUUUGGCUUGGAGAUAACCCCCUCAAUCACAGCACAACUGUCCUAUUACUUCAGAUUAUUGUUAUGUUCACUGUUGGUAGAAUUACUCAUCUCUUGCUAAGGCCUUGUCAUCAAACUCAGAUCAUUGCACAGAUUGUGGCUGGUGUCAUAUUGGGUCCUUUAUUUCUAGGUCGACAUGAUGCAUGUUUUGAGAUGAUAUUUCCAUCAGCAAGCAGACUGACACUUACAACAUUUGCUGAAUUUGGCAUGGUAAUUCACUUCUUUAAGAUGGGGGUACAGAUCAAUCCCACACAGAUCUUGAAGAUAGAAAAAAAGGCAGUGGUAAUUGGUCUAGGUGGUCAUUUGUCUGCCAUAGCAAUUGGAACUGCAGUUUUAAAUAUUGUAGACAAAAUGUACCCACUGGGGUCUGAAAAGGAAGGUAUAUAUGGUUUGGUUGUGUGUAGUGCUCUAACAGCAUUUCCUGUUACAAGUGGCUUCCUCAAUGAGAUGAACAUUCUCAAUUCAGAGAUUGGACGUGUGGCUUUAUCCACUUCCAUGAUUAGUGAUGCAUGUAUGUGGGUAAAUUAUUUUGUUAUCGUCAAUACUACUAAAGCAUUGCAACAAGGGUCAUGUAGACCUAUUUUGGAAUUGACUUUGUCACUUUGCUAUAUAUCCAUCUUAUUCUUCCUGCUAAGGCCACUUGUUAUAUGGAUCUCCCACCGAAAUCCAAAGGGAAAGCCCAUAACAGAAAGCCAUUUCAUGUCAAUUAUUUCGAUACUUCUGUUUAUUUCAUUCUCUGCACAAGUUUGUGGCCAACCUGCUUUCCUUGUUGCUUUUUGGUUUGGCUUGAUCUUGCCGGAUGGUCCCCCUUUAGGUUCUGUUCUGGCAGAAAAGCUUGAUACUGUUGGUUCUACUUUGAUUGUUCCAGCUUUCUGUACUAUUAUUGGGAUCAGGACAAAUGUUCCUCCAUUAACAGGAUCAAAGACAGCAAGCUUAGAGAUUAUUUUGAUUGCAGGGUAUAUGGGCAAGUUUUUAGGCACCCUUUUACCCUCACUUCACUUUCAGAUUGACUUCUGGGAUUCUUUGGCAUUGGCUCUAAUCAUGUGUUGCAAAGGCCUUGUAGAUAUCAGUGUGUUCAACAUAUUAUUUAACUCUAAGGACAUAGGCGAGGUGAGUUUCUCCCUUGCUAUAUAUACUAUGGUGGCAGUAACUGGUUUUUCCUCUCUAGUUGUUUAUUACAUAUAUGAUCCUUCAAGGAGGUACAGAGCCUAUAAUAGAAGAUCAAUUAGGGAAUCCAAUCAAGACCUUGAUCUCAAAGUACUUGUCUGCGUCCACAAUGAAGAAAAUGUAUAUCCAAUCAUCAACCUUCUUCAAGCCUCCAACCCCAUUAAGGCUACACCACUCUCAGUCUUUGUUCUACAUCUAAUGGAGCUUUCAGGCAGGGCAUUUUCCAUCCUUACCAAAAAUGAGGACACUAACAAAUCACAUUCUUAUAAGGAGAGUUCCUCUCAACACAUAAGCAAUGCCUUUGAUCAAUUUCAGCUGCAUAACAAAGAGGGUGUCAAGUUGCAGUUCUUCACUGUAAUUGCACCAUAUGCAAGCAUGCAUGAUGACAUAUGCUACAUGGCAAUGGACACGAAAUCUGACAUGGUGAUUGUGCCAUUCCAUAAGCAAUGGUCCAUACAUGGAAAUUUUGAGGUUCCCAUUGCUUCAGUUAGGACACUAAACCAGAAAGUUCUAAGGAAAGCUCCUUGCUCAGUUGGAGUUUUUAUUGACAGAAGCGAAAUGAGUGGCAAACUAUUAGUUAUCUAUGAGAAAUUAUAUUGUGACAUUGCAAUGAUCUUUGUAGGUGGUGGUGAUGAUCAAGAAGCAUUAGCUUAUAGUCUACGCAUAGCUCAGCAUCCAAACGUAAGACUUACAGUGUUUUGGUUAAGGGUUAAAAUGCAAGGUAAACAAAGGAAUAUGAAGAACCCUUACAUUGAUUUGAUGGAGCAUAUAAGGUAUAGUAAUAAGCAUAAUAACCAACAAAUAACCUUCAAGGAGGAGAGUGUGGAAGAUGGAGCAGGAACAACACAAGUUAUCAGAAAAAUGGAGGGAAAUUUUAGUAUGGUCAUAGUAGGUAGACAUCAUAUGCCAGAUUCUCCAUGUACACUAGGCUUGACAGAAUGGUGUGAACUCCCUGAGCUUGGACCAAUUGGGAACCUUCUAGCUACAUCAGAUUUUACAUUUUCAGUUUUGGUGGUGCAACAACAAAGCUUUUAUAACUUCCGAUGUAUGAGGUGA